AUGCCCAUCAAGGAAAUCUUCACCGAGUCAGUCCUGGCAAAAUAUGCCCGGACGAUCAAAGCAACACCGCGAGAUCUGAUGGUCAACCGGAACCUACUCUUCUCCUGUGCUGUCUACGCUUUGGCAGGCCUUCCAACUAGUGAGUCUACCCAAUUCAACGUCAUAUCGGGUGCAAAGGCUAGCGACAUCCAGAACUUCAUCUCCAUCAUCUACAUCGGCUAUGCUGUUGGUGCGGCCUCUUCAUUUUUCGUCAACGACCGAAUCGGCAGGAGAUGGUCUUUUCGUCUAUAUGCUUCCAUCUGGAUCCUCGGACAGAUGAUCGCGACCGCCUCCCCAGGGUGGGCCGGCUUGUACACAGCACGUAUAAUCUCUGGCAUAGGGAUCGGCUCACUCAGUGUCACCGGGCCCAUGUCUAUUGUUGAGCUCGCUCCUGCCGAGAUACGUGGCCUCCUUACAGCUUGGUACACCAUCGCCAUGGGUAUCGCCUUGUUCACGUCGGUGUUUUGUGUGUACGGCAUAUUCUUGCACAUGGACCCUGGCAGGCUCCAGUACCAGAUUGUGUGGUUCUCACCGGCGAUUUUCAUGUUCUUUGCCAUCUUGGCCAGUUUCUUCAUUUGCGAAUCGCCCAGAUGGCUCAUGAUGGUGGACAAGAAAGACGACGCUGUCUCGACCUUGGCCAAGUUGCGAUGUCUGCCAACCGAUCACCAACGCAUCGAGGGGGAGAUCCAAGACAUUGAGAACUCGAUCAGUGGCAUGGGCUCCAGUUUUGUCGGCAUCGUCAAAGAGACAUUCACCGUCCCCUCUAACCUCCGCCGUCUGCAACAAGCCUUGAUCUCAUACGCUCUUGCUCAGCUGUCGGGCGCCAACUCUGUCACCUCGUACUUUGUUCCAAUCAUGAGCAUCAUGGGCUUGGGCGGCGACACGGCUCGAAGCAUGUUCUUGAGCGCCAUGUACGGCAUGUCCAAGUUCUUCUUUAGCAUCAUCGCGUCCUUCUUCUUCAUUGAUGCCCUGGGAAGACGUCGGUCUCUGUUUGUGGGAAUAUCAAUGCAGCUGAUCUCGCAUGUCUACAUUGGUGUCUUUAUCAAGUUCCACCAAGAAGGCCCUGUUUCGUCCACCGCAUCCCAGGCAGCCACUGCAGCCCUCUUCGUUCACGCCUUCGGGUACGCCGUCGGCCUGUUCGUCCUUCCUUAUAUCUUCGGUGGCGAGCUGUGGCCAAACCGCAUCCGCUCCUUCGGCGGAGCCGUGAGUCAAACCUUCCACUGGCUCUUCAUCUACGCCGUCAAGUACAGCAUUCCCUCGCUCCUGAAGACAACUGAUAACUGGGGAGCAUUCCUGUUCUUUGCUGGCUGGUGUUUUCUGGCCCUCAUCUACGUGUUCUUUAUGGUUCCAGAGAUCUCGGGUCUCAGUGUCGAGGAGAUUGACUAUCUCUUCAAAGGCUCUUGGUUCAAUGCCUAUAAGCGUUCUCGACGAGGUCCAGUUAUUAACAGCGUUGAGAGCGGGGAUGCCAGAUCAUCUAUUGAGCAGAGGUAA